AUGCCCUUCUUCUUCUUCUUCUCUGCGCUGGCGGCGGCCAUUGGUGCGCAACGCAUCUCGGACGCCGAGCGCCCCGAGCUCAACCGCGACUUGGCGCUCUGGCAACAAAAGUUUGGCAGCGACGACGACGUGCGCGUGGCCAUGGCGUCGGUCAAGCCGUACCGCGACGAGCUCCUUCGGCGCAUCCGAGCGGCAAAGGAGAUGCUGCCAUCCCUCCAGGAGGCCAAUCCGCAUGCAACGUUCAGCCACUUGACCAAGUUUGCACUGCUCACGGACGAAGAGUUUGCGCGGUUCGCAAUGGUCUCGGCACGGCCAUUGCCGGAGCGCUUGUCGCCCGCCACCCGGACGAAUCCUACGGCUCUCGGUGGCCCCGUCGUCAAGGCAGUCGAUUGGACCAAGCAGUCGGUUUGUGUGCCGCCAGUCAAGACCAUGGGCAAGUGUCGAAGCCAUUGGGCGAUCGCGGCGGCAGCGGUCGUGUCCUCGGCGCACUGUCUCGCGACCGGCGAGGCCAUCGACCUCUCGGAGCAGCAAGUACUGAGCUGCACGACACCCGGAGGCGCCAACGGCUGCCGCGGUGGCUUUGCGACCACGGGUAUGAAGUGGCUCGUCUCGCAGCCCAACUCGGUGUGCUCGCGAUCGGCGAUCCCAUACGUCUCGGGCGCCUCGGGCUCGGUAUCGAUCUGCAGCGACAACUCCAAGUGCGCCGGGUCCAUCUCGCUCCAAGUCGGGAACGUCUUCGAAGCCAGCGGAGACGACGCGCUCGUCGAGCAGCUUCAGAAGCAGCCGGUUGUGGCGUACGUCACGACGUCCAACAUCUCGUGGCGACUGUACGCUGGCGGCGUCAUUUCCUGGUGCCCCGCCGGGUACCCGGACCAACCAGGCGGCCAAGCCGUUCUCGUCGUUGGCUACGGCACCCAAGACACUGGCUACGGCUCGGCGCCCAUCGACUUUUUCAAGGUGCGCAACGCGUGGGGCACCAACUGGGGCGAAGCUGGCGACAUUCGGCUCGCACGCGGCGACCGACAUCGCGGAACGUGCGAGGUCACAACGUACCUCUCGUACCCGACGCUCCAGCUUCCAGCAGCCAUUCGUGCGUCCAUGACGCCAACAACCGUCGACGCGCGCAGUGUCGACAGCGUGGUCACAAACGAUGACGCCUCGGACGAGACCGAAUGA